GGCCGCGCGGCCGCCAUGUUGUUGUGUCCGUGAGGCGGCGACGGCGGCCCCGAGCCCGCAGCGACCCCGGCCCCGGCAGGACGCCGCGCCCCGGCACGGGCGGGGGCUCCGCGCCAUGCCCUGCCCAGCGCUGCCAAUGUGAAGUAUCAGAAGAGAAGAGUUGGAACUUUCUGGGACAAGAGAGGACUGUUCAUUCUCUCAUUCUUUGGUUUUAGUAAGUGAAGAGCUCCAAGAAUUGCAAGUGAAGACGAGGAUUGCUCCUCCUGCCCAGGGCCUGUCAUGGAUGAAGAGACUCAGCACAGCCUUGAAUGCAUCCAGGCUAAUCAGAUUUUUCCCAGGAAGCAGCUGAUCCGAGAGGAUGAGAACCUUCAGGUGCCCUUCAUUGAGCUGCACGGGGAGAGCACGGAGUACGUGGGACGAGCAGAGGAUGCCAUCAUUGCCCUCUCCAACUACAGGCUCCACAUCAAAUUCAAGGAAUCUGUUGUCAAUGUUCCAUUGCAGCUCAUUGAGAGUGUGGAGUGCCGGGAUAUAUUCCAGCUUCAUUUGACUUGCAAGGACUGCAAGGUUAUCAGGUGUCAGUUCUCCACCUUUGAGCAGUGUCAGGACUGGCUGAAGAGGCUCAACAACGCCAUCCGCCCCCCGUCCAAGAUAGAGGACCUGUUCUCCUUCGCCUACCACGCCUGGUGCAUGGAGGUUUAUGCCAGUGAGAAGGAGCAGCACGGGGACCUGUGUCGGCCAGGAGAACAUGUCACUUCCAGGUUUAAGAACGAGGUGGAGCGGAUGGGGUUUGAUAUGAACAAUGCCUGGAGGAUUUCCAACAUCAAUGAGAAGUACAAGCUGUGUGGCAGCUACCCCCAGGAGAUCAUCGUCCCUGCCUGGAUCACGGACAAGGAGCUGGAGAGCGUGGCCAGCUUCCGCUCCUGGAAGCGCAUCCCCGCCGUGGUGUACAGGCACCAGAGCAAUGGGGCAGUGAUCUCCCGCUGCGGGCAGCCCGAGGUGAGCUGGUGGGGCUGGAGGAACGCCGACGAUGAGCACCUGGUGCAGUCCGUGGCCAAAGCCUGUGCCUCAGACUCCAGGUCCAACAGUAACAAGUUAAUGAAUGGGAAUUGCUCCAGAGAUCUGCCCAACGGAGGGGACCUCUCUGAUGUGGAAUUUGACUCCUCCAUCUCCAACGCCUCAGGAGCAGAGAGUUUGGCAAUCCAGCCUCAGAAGCUGCUGAUCCUGGACGCGCGAUCUUACGCGGCAGCCGUGGCCAACAGAGCCAAGGGGGGAGGCUGUGAGUGCCCAGAAUAUUACCCCAACUGUGAAGUGGUGUUCAUGGGGAUGGCAAACAUCCACUCCAUCCGCAAGAGCUUCCAGUCGCUGCGUCUGCUCUGCACACAAAUGCCAGACCCAGGAAAUUGGCUGUCAGCUCUGGAGAGCACCAAGUGGCUGCAGCACCUGUCGGUGCUCCUCAAGUCGGCGCUGCUGGUGGUGCACGCCGUGGACCGCGACCAGCGGCCCGUGCUGGUUCACUGCUCCGACGGCUGGGACCGCACGCCCCAGAUCGUGGCCCUGGCCAAGCUCCUGCUGGACCCCUACUACAGGACCACAGAGGGUUUCCAGGUGCUGGUGGAGACGGAGUGGUUGGAUUUUGGCCACAAGUUUGCAGAUCGCUGCGGCCACGGGGAGAAUUCGGACGACCUGAACGAGCGCUGCCCGGUGUUUCUGCAGUGGCUGGACUGUGUCCAUCAGCUCCAGAGGCAGUUCCCCUGCUCCUUCGAGUUUAACGAAGCAUUCCUUGUGAAGUUGGUGCAGCACACCUACUCCUGCCUCUUUGGAACAUUCCUGUGCAACAAUGCGAAAGAGAGAGGAGAGAAACACACUCAGGAACGGACCUGCUCCGUCUGGUCUUUGCUGCGGGCAGCAAACAAAGCCUUCAAAAACCUGCUCUACUCCUCCCAGUCGGAAUCUGUGCUGUAUCCCGUGUGCCAUGUGCGGAACUUGAUGCUCUGGAGCGCCGUUUACCUGCCCUGCUCCUCGCCCUCCACGCCCGCCGACGACACCUGUGCCCCCUACCCUGUGCCAGGCUCUAGCCCCGAAGAGCAGCCUCUGGGCAGGCUACCAAAGACAAGAUCCUUUGACAAUCUGACGACAGCCUGUGACAGCAGCGUGCCUACAGCCAACCGCCGCAGCAGCGACCCCAGCCUCAACGAGAAGUGGCAGGAGCACCGGCGCUCCCUGGAGCUCAGCAGCCUGGGCCCCCCUGGGGACGACCCCUUCGAGGGGGACGGGCUGGGCAGGCAGGGCAGGGCCCCCGUGGGCGCAGAGCUCUCUGUGGCAGCCGGGGUGGCAGAGGGACAGAUGGAGAACAUUCUGCAGGAGGCCACUAAAGAUGAUGUUGGGCUGGAGGAGCACUUGAGGGGUGGCCUGGAGGCAGCAGGGAAAGGGGAUGAGGUUGGCCUGGAUAAGGAGAAGAGAGCUGACAAUCUGUGUGGGGAAAAGGCCGAGGUGGAUACAGGUACCGUAACGAACAAUCCCACAGCCAACCCACACCCAGCCUCACAUGGUGCUGCAGAGCUCAAAGGACAGCAGGACGAGCUCAGUGACCCCAGCUGCGCUCUCCAGAAGGCACCUCAGGGGAGAGGACUGCAGGCUGCUCCUUCUGAGGGCUCCGGAAACAGAGAUGCUCCAAACAACACGGAGGAGGAAGGUCUUGGGAAAGGUGACGGAGAAGCAGAGAGUCCGUGUGGCACAGCCCAGGCCAGCCUUGCCUUCCCUCUGACAGCCCUGCUGGAGGAAAGGACAUCCAACAUCGAAAGCUCCACAGAAACCUUAACAGAGCCCGAAGCGAAGCCCGAGCUCACGGCCAGGGCCCCGUGCCACCGACGUCACCCCUUCGACAACAGCGCUGACGAGCUGUCCCGAACCCUGCACAGCAGGCCGGAGGGGGAGUGCAUGAUAGAGCUCCAAAAACUGGGAUCAAGAGUGCACAGGACUUCUGGUAGCAGCACCGCUCACCUCCCGAUGCCUUCCCCUUGUGCCUUGCCUCUAGCAGACCGCAAAGACGAGCUGGUGUAUAAUGGGGAGCUGGAGCUGGAGAACAAACUGGUGGAGAAACCCGCGGGAUUCGCGGCCCCCAAAUUCCCCGCCACCAACGGACACUGCGUCAACGGCGACGACGGGCGCAUCAAGGCCUCGCUGAGCCGGCAGGUGUCCGCGGCCAGCUGCAGCUCUGCCCAGCUCCACCUGAGGAACUUGCACCACAAAUGGAUGUUCGGCCAGCUGGGGAAGCAGCCGGCCAGCAGCCCCGACCAGCCGGCCCGCAGCCACCUGGACGAUGACGGCAUGCCCGUCUACAGCGACGUCAUCCAGCAGCGCCUGCGCCAGAUCGAGACGGGCCAUCAGCAGGAGGUGGAGACCCUCAAGAAGCAGGUGCAGGAGCUGAAGAGCCGCCUGGAGAGCCAGCUCCUCAACAGCUCCCUGCGCCUCAAUGGCGACUACGGCGACGAAGUGACGUCUAUUCCCGACUCGGAAAGCAAUCUGGAUCAGAACUGCUUGUCUCGCUGCAGCACAGAGAUUUUCUCUGAAGCCAGCUGGGAGCAGGUGGAUAAACAGGAUACAGAGGUGACACGGUGGCUCCCGGACCACCUGGCCGCGCACUGCUACGGCUGCGACAGCGCCUUCUGGCUCGCCAGUCGGAAACACCACUGCAGAAUCUGAAUGGAACACCUGAGUGAGGUCAAGGUUUUCUGGAUUAUUCUUUGCUAGACCUGUUGCCACAGAGGCUGCAGCAUCUCAGGCAGCAGCAGGGGCUUGAUGAAGAGCCAGAGGCAGAGACCACAUGGCUCAAUAUGCUGGAGUUAAAGCCAGAGAAUCUCCAGUUUCCAGUUCUGUUUCAAAUAAAUUCCUAUUCCUGGUUUCUGCACAUGCAAAAACUAUUACAGGAACCAUCAUUUAAAUAAAUCUCAGUUACCACAUUUCGAAGCUCUCCUGCUUUUUGAAGUUGCAAAGAGUUAUGAACAUAGUUUUGAGUUUGUGUCUGGUUUAUCUUUUGCUCCAUUUAGUCUUAUAAAGUUAACCAAACCCAGGGAAGAAGGAGAAAAAUCGGAAUUUAUUUUUUUUUUACCAUGCCCACUGCGUUUGUGCAAAUUUAGGGCUCAGUUCCCUAAACCUGAGCUUGGGACAACUCCCAGAGCCUGGAUACACACAGGUCAGAAUGGACUCAGGGUUUCAGGUCUGGCUCAAAUCUCCCUGUAGGGUCUUUGCUCCUUCAGCUUCCAUACAUGCAGUGGCCCAGCUGUUGGUGAGACCAACACCAUGAGUAUCUCUGUAGUAAACAUUCACACCCCUCCCUGGGAGUGGAAAUGAGUUGAACCCCACAGUGUAAGGCCUUGAGCAGAGUAAAACCUUCCAGCUUCCUUGGUUCCAAUGUUUGCUCCCUCUGCCUGUAGCCCUGAGCUCUCUCUCCUCCUGCAGGGACACUGACCGAGUUGAUCAGCUCUGGUGAGCAUUUCCAGCAGCUCUGUCCGUUGUCUGUCAGCAUUCCCUGGGUGACUCCUCCCAACUAACUCAGCUCUUCUCCCUCUUUGUUUCUCACUUGCCUGGAAAUCACCAGAACUAAGCUGGGGGUGGCCAGCACGAGCUGCUGGGGUUGGAUCUGUGUGAGCAGCCCUCUCUCCUCACAGAAAAGCUUUUAGGACUUGGCUUUUGGGAGCUUAACUGGGAUGUGGCUCAGACUAACACUCACUGUCAGUCCAUGUGUGUACUGCUCACUGACAGGAGACUGUCCUGCAAGUUUUAUGCAUUUAUUUUUGAUCAUUUCCCUUUUUCCCCAUGUUUUUGGGAGAGGGCCACAUGUUACCAAACAAUUCCAGUAUUGCUGUGCAGGGUGUUGGCAAAAACCUGGCACUUGUUUUAGAAGGACUGAAAAUCCCAUGGCUGGAACAGGUGCCACAGAGCUGGUGGAGGGUUAGGAUAACCAAAACCCAAUGAAUAUCUGUGAUUUGGGAUGAGGAGUGUGGCUUUCAGCCCCCCUAUCUCAAACGAGCAGCAUCCCUUUUCCAGCCUGUUUUUAAUGUCUCAUUUUAAUCUCUGAAGCAAAGCAGGGACCACCAGCAUAGAAGGAUGAGCUGUCCAGAGCUUUCCAAAGCAGUGUCAGAGCACCAUUGUCUAGGAUAAAACAACAAAAACCCCAGCAUAUGUUAGGAAUGGUGAGCUCCAACAAAGAGAUCCUUGUUCUAAUCCCUCUGGUUGGCUUUCCCCUCAUCCAUCAGCGAGCUACUCUGGGAUAAUCAUUCCCUGAGCAGGGAGAUGGGGCUGUGGGAGCUCUGUGGCCCCUCCCAGGGCUGUUCUGGCAGGGGUUCCAGCAGGGCCCUGCAGUCUCCAGAGCCUCUGCAGAGCUUGGUCCCUGUUGGCCUUCCCGUGCCAGGGUUCCAGCUCCGAGGCCCAGAGCGUUGUGUGGAACUGAGGAAAUGAGCCCACUGAAGUGGGAAAUGGGAUUUCUCUGCUGUUUCUCUCCCCAUCAGUGACCAGCAGCUGGAAAUCUCCUUUCUUGGCAAGGAAGGAUUAAUCAAAGCUGCUGGGUGUCAGCAGAAUUCCCUGGCAGUGUUGGCAGCAGCAAAUCUCCAGUGCGGAACAGCAACAGCCCCAAAUCCUGAUGCCAGAGAGUUAAUGGAGAGGGCAAACCCCAGGCCCCUGGAGUGCUGCUCCCAGCUCCAUGUAGGAAUUGAGGAGGUCAGGGCACACAGGGCUCCCAGGAUUUGGGGGGUUUGCAGAAGGUAAUUAAUGACUGAGCAGUAACGAGGUGCAUGUGCCGGUGCGGCUCCGCCAGUGCCGGGAAUGCUGCGCGUGCCCACCUGUGCAUGGAGCACCUGCCUGCCCAGCCCGGGCUUUGCAUGUUCCUCCGUGCCUCAGUUUCCUGCGUGCAGGAGUGUGGCACUUCUGGGGUGGCUGUGGGGGCACUGGGAGGAUGGCAGCGACCGAGGGCUUUGACAUUUCCAUGUUUAAACCUUUCCAGCUCUGAGCAGCGUCCGGCCUGCUCCCAGCACUGCCCCAUCCCUCCUGUGAGCCAGGGCUGGAUCAGCUGUGUGAGCAGGGCCUGACCCCCCAUUCCCAGUGCUCCCCACAUUCCCCUGGCCUGGCUCAGAAGGGCCCGUGGUGGCUCCGCUUCAGCCCCUCAGCCCUGAGCCCCACCUGCUGUAGCCCCUUGGCAGCACAUCCAGCCUGGCAGUGCCCAGGGCCAGGCUGGACACUGGGGCUGGAGCAGCCUGGGACAGGGGAAGGUGUCCCUGCCAUGGCACUGGGUGAGCUUUAAGGUCCCUUCUCACCCAACCCAUUCCAUGGUGAAUGGCAGAGAGCUCUGUGUGACAGAGGGCACAGCCUGUCCAGCCUGGCUCGGGCAGUGCUGAACAGAGGCUGCAGUUCCACACUGGCCCUGGCUCCCUGCUCCUUCCUGUGCCCAUUCCCUGGACCUCUGCUCCAUCCAUAGGAGGGAGGAGCACAGAUGUUGGAGCUGUCCCUGUCCGUGCCCUGGCCUGUGGGGAGGAAUCUCCCCCAUCCCAGCACUGGGAGUAUCUCAUUUUACACCUGAUGUAACUUUGUGAAACUCCUUCUGAUCUUUUCUUUUCCAUUUCUCCUCUGUUCCU